AUGAAUCCUAAUGCCAACGAAGUGAACGUCGUCGCAGGAAACCUGCAGAAUGGGUCAAAAGACCAGCAGUUUACCACACCUAAGGACCAGGUGGUACUGAAGACCUCCAGGUCUCUAUCGACUCUUGUCGUCCACGUGCUCAUAGGAUUUGUGGUUGGAGUUUCAAUUGUGUAUUCCCUGCGCAAUGGACUUCCAUUGGGCGCGACCGCGCAGCACAUAGUAUUAUGCUUGAUCGGGUUUCAGCUGAUGAUGGCGGAGUCGAUCCUGGCGCUGGCGCCUGACAGCUGGCUGUCUUCGCUGAAGCUGCGACACAAGCGGCUCGUGCACUGGGUCAUGCAGGUGCUGGGCUCAGUACUAGCCCUCGCCGGCACCAUCAUUCAAAGCCUCUCCAGGGAGGUCAACUUUUACACUUUGCAUGGACAAUUCGGAUUGGUAGCCAUGGUGUUCAGUGUAGCUUGUCUGUUCAACGGUAUCGCAUCGUUAUACGUAUACGAGUUACGAAACAUCCUCCCCGGCACUUUGUCUAAGCUGACGCACAUCUGCUUUGGCAUCAUCGCCUUCGCAACUGCCUCCAUCAGCCUUUGCUACGGGUUCGACAAGAAUGGCUUCAGGACUUGGGCUACCAGCGGUGUCGCCGACACACUCAUCAUCAUGACCGUAAUAUUCACACUUUUCAUCAUUAUCAACCCGUUCAUCACUUUCUACAAUAAAUUUCGAGCGGCCGUAUCGAAGUGA